ACCAUAAAUCCCAAGAAUCCUACCCUCACCCCCACCAUCUUCUUCAUCUAACUCCGUUUCUCCCGUCACUCACAAAAGGAAAGGUCGAAGACGCCGCAACUUACUAACUCUGUCAGUCAGAGUGUUCAUCAGGAAUUCGAAGAUAUUAGGGUAUUGAAGAGAUCGGCGUCAUGGGCGGAGAUGGAGCGACGGCCAACGCGGAGGCGCAGUACGCCUCUGCAAAGACAUCGGUGUGGUGGGACAUCGAAAACUGCCAUGUGCCCAAGGGUUCGGAUCCGCACGCGAUCGCGCAGAACAUCAGCUCCGCGCUGGUCCGCAUGAAUUACCGUGGCCCUGUCUCCAUCUCCGCCUACGGAGACACCACGCGCAUCCCACCCUCAGUACAACACGCGCUCUCCAGCACCGGAAUUUCCCUCCACCACGUCCCUGCCGGCGUGAAAGACGCAAGUGACAAGAAGAUUCUUGUUGACAUGCUAUUCUGGGCCGUGGAUAAUCCCGCACCCGCCAAUUAUUUAUUAAUUUCGGGUGACCGAGACUUCUCAAAUGCUCUCCAUCAACUUCGGAUGAGGAGAUAUAAUAUUCUUCUUGCGCAACCUCAGAAGGCAUCAGCACCCUUGGUUGCUGCUGCCAAGAGUGUAUGGCUUUGGACUAGCCUCUUAGCUGGAGGACCUCCUCUGUCUAAUGGUGAAUCGCAACAACUUGGUAGUGGUAGCCUAAGCCAUGUUUCAUCUUCUGACUCCUUACAAGUUCCAGUUACAAGUACUGCUCAGAUGCAGCAACAAGUAGAAUCCUAUUCAGAAGUUCAUGCAGGAAAUUCAAAAUUUCCAAAUGGAGGCAGGGGAUUCGAUACUAGGUUUCAGGGUAAACCUAAUUGGAGAAGCCCGAGUCAAUCAAAUGCACCCAGAGCCGUGAAUCCACCACCAUCUGGACUUCAAGAUAAUCGUAAUAAUAUAAACUCUUAUCGACCUGGCAACUUUAAUCCAAAUGUUCCGUUGAGUGGAUCUGCUACAAAUUAUGUUCAUGGCAACACUGAUCAGUUAUGGAGCAGUAAUAGUAAUCUACAGGGCAAUCAUCAAGUUCCUUAUUCCCAGCCAUUAAGACCAAAUAACUUCCCAUUGCAGCCUCCUUUUGCGCCUAGUAAUUCAUAUACUCCAAAUCCCCAUACUUUUGCACCUCCAAUGGUGCCACCUAGAACUGGUGGUCCCAAUUUCAACUCAGGGCCACAAACCAAUGUGCCAGAUAUUGGUAAUCUAAACAUUUCGGGAUAUCCUAAUAGUGUUCAUAACCCACCUUCUAUUCAACAACGGAAUGGAGAUUUGAAACAAAAUCCUAAUAGUAGUGCUCCACAUGUUUUAAGAUCAAUUGAUGAAAAAAAUGGACAUGUGGUACGUAACAGUGGCACACAACAAUUACGCCAAGGUUAUCAACAUGGUCCAGAAUAUCAACCAAUGCUACCGGCAGCAAUGGGUAAUAAUAAUCCUCCUGGUAGUGGUAUGUGGGGUACUCCAGGAUGUCCUAAGCCUUCUGAAUAUGUACAAGGCCUAAUAGGGGUUGUUUUACUUGCCUUGAACUCACUGAAAAAUGCAAAGAUGAUGCCAACUGAGGCAAAUAUAACUGAUUGCAUCCGUUUUGGAGAUCCCAAGCACCGCAACACUGAUGUUAAGAAGGCUCUUGAAAGUGCUAUUGAGCAGAAUAUGGUUGUGAAACAGAAUUUAGGUGCUUUGCCAUUGUAUGUUGGUAAGAAUGAUAAACUAUGGAAAUGCGUCAAUCCUUUAGGUGGUAAUCCUAAGCAGCGCUCAAAAGAAACAUGGGAUCAAAUUGAAAAGUUUUUAACAACUCCUGCUGGAAGAUCAGCAAUAAUGGCUACUCUGUGCAAGUACGAAGCAGGUAUUGUGAUUAAGAAUAUGUGCUUCAAAGAUCUUGCUUUGGGUGAUGUCCUUCAGAUAUUGAACAUGUUAAUUACCCAUAAAAAAUGGAUUGCACAUCAUCCGUCUGGUUGGCAACCACUUAGCAUUGCUCUACCUGAGACAAACCCUGAUUCAGGGGUUGUGGCUAGAGUAUAACCACAUUCUGAUUAUGGUAAUGGAAAGGCACCCAGAGAAAACUCAAUGAAUAUAGUACAAGUCAGUGCUCUAGGAAUUUUGAUGGCAUAAUCCUUUCUUUCCCUCUGAAUCAAAAAGGUAGGUAGUAAUGGUGAACUGAAAUACAAAAAGCAUCUUCAGUGUUGUUUAUGGUUAUUGUUAAAGCCUUUAGCUGGUCUUUAAGGUGAAAUGAAAGCAGCUUUGGACAAUAAUUGAAAUAUACCAAACACUUAAGUUUGGUCUGGUUGUUGAGGUUUCUACGAUGGCCUGCUAUGCAUCGCAAUGGAUCUAUCUUGGAAUUAGUGCGACUUCUUUUGUCAUGAGCUUCGACGCAACUUUUAUCUUCCUACAGAUUAUUAUAUUUUGCCUGGAGUUUGCCUUAUUUGGCUGAACUCUUCGGAUCGUUUUAUUGAUAUAUUUUAAGUAGUUUCCGGGAUGCUGACCAAGUAUCUGUCUUGCACUUCUGCUGGAUAUUGAUGGACCUCUGAUCUAGUUAGGUAAACCAUCCUCAAUACUCUCUUUAUCACUUGGAAAGUGAUCUAUCUACUCAAUCAAAUUCUUCAGGGUGAACUGUGGAAUGCAAGUCCUGAAGCUGUUGUAUUGCCUUAUUUUGUUCGUUGGUAGUUGCCUGUCUUCUAAAUGCUGCAGGAAGUUAAACCACUGUACAGAGAACACUUAAUUUGCACAAAAUUCAAGGUGACCGCACUCUUAAAAUUCUGCAUGAAGCUCUUGAUUUGUUAUCUCAACACCAAUACUCAAUAUGUUUAUGAUCUGGGAAUUUGACUAUGAAAAUCACGUUACGGAGUACUAAAAAUGAUUCAAAGAUGGUGAAAUCAAAUGGUAGGGCUUCCUGAUGGUGCCUACAGAGUUGUGAUAUUAACUAUACAUAUGCAGUUAGCUUCUGGAUACCUGGCUUAGUGCGCUGAAUUGGGUAAUGUAGUGGGGGAAUUAAUCUGGUCUUGCCGCUUCCUAUACCUUUUCAUGUUAUCGGAAUUUAAAUUUCCAAUGUAUCAUAUUGUUUAAUCAUAUGCCUUCAGCUUUGAGUUAUAUUUUGACUUCUGUUUGUUGAAGAUGAUCUGGGUGGAUGUCCUUAUGAAUGGAACAGAGUUCAAUUUGUGGUUAA